AUGGGUCACUUUGCUCUUCUGUGCUGCCUGGUGUUCCUGGCUCCAGCCUCCCAAGAUGCUCUGCGAGACGAGGAAGACUACAGCUGGCCGAGGCCGAUGGUGCCACUGCUGAUGGACAGACGCACCGUGCGACUCCAGAACCCGGCGUUCGUCACCGUGCAGCCCGGAGACCCCGGCCCCAUGUGCGGGAUCGAGUGCCAGCGGGACCUUCCUGAAGCGGGGCUUGCCGAACUGGAGCGCCUCCUCUCUUACGAGACGCUGUACGAGAACGGGACGCGGACUCUGACGGAGGUGACGCUGCAGGAUGCGGCGCCCCCUGCUGCUGGCGGCAGGCACGGGCGCCCCGUACGCAGGAAGAGGCAGGUGUACGGCGCAGACGGGCGCUUCGUGAUCACGGGCGAGCGCUUCGUCACCAGGUACCCGUUCGCCGCCUCCGUGAAGCUCUCCACGGGAUGCUCCGGGAUCCUGGUGUCGCCCCGGCACGCGCUGACCGCCGCCCACUGCGUCCACGACGGCCGCGACUACGUGCGCGGGAGCGGCCGGCUGCGUGUGGGCGUGAUGAAGCGCCGCUCCAGGCGUGCUGGUGGGCGGGGCUUUGGGCGGGGCAAGGCAAGGGGAGCAGAGGGAGGCGACGCCCUUGAAGGCAGCGGAGGGAAGAGAGAGAGAAAGAAGGAGAGGAGGAGGAGGAGGAGCAGGGCGGUGCCUAAACGCCCGGGACUGCGCUGGACACGCGUCCAGGAGAUGUACGUCCCCGAGGGCUGGACGAAUGAGGUGGGCGGCCGCGUCGCCCCUGACUAUGACUACGCCCUGCUUAAGCUGAAGAGGUCGCCUCGGGUGAAACCCAUGGUCCUGGGCACAGCUCCGCCCACCCAGACGACCCUGGGCAGCCGCGUCCACUUCUCCGGCUUUGACGAUGACCAUCCGGGGAAAGUGGUGUACCGGUUCUGCUCUGUGUCCCAGGAGUCUGGGGAGCUGAUGUACCAGUACUGCGACGCCCAGGACGGCUCCAGUGGCGCCGGCGUGUACGUCAGGCUCCGGGAGCCAGGCGGCUGGGGGGUCCGGUGGACCAGAAAGGUGAUCGGAGUCUUUACCGGACACAGGUCGGUGGAUGUGAACGGAACGCUGACAGACUACAACGUGGCGGUCCGGAUCACUCCUGCCAAGUUUGCCCAGAUAUGCCACUGGAUCCACGGAGAUGCCAGCCAGUGCCAGCUGGUCUGAGCUGAUGUGGAGAGCAAGCGCUCUCUCUUGCUGAGCUACAGCCGAUGUAUCUAGUGCACAAAUGUCGUCCAGAAACUGCAAUAAGCAGUGGGUGGAUAUUUACAUGCAU